ACCUCCAAACAGAAUCUGACACACCUGUUCUCCAUCCACCAAUCAACACCAUGCAGUAUAUCUGCUCUCCGGCUCUCCGCUGCUCCAUGCCAGCCAGCUGUCCUCACCCAGUCUACCUGCUCACGGAGCUUCCAUCCACACACCUGGUUACUCUUUUGAUUUGUUUGUACAAUAAACCAAAACUAACCUAAACUUCAACUCUCUCUGUGUCAAGUUGUGCUUUUUGGGUCCAGAAUCUGUGUAACACAUUCUUUCAUUUUUCAUACCUGCUGUUUUCUGUUUAGGAACGAAGGUCAAAUUUACGUAGCAAUCGACGCCACACAUCGAUUUAGCAAACAUUAAGGGGCACAGGAAUUUAAAGCAUUCGGUUCACCUGACUUGCAUGUGUCGGGAGGAAACUGGAGCACACAAAAAAGCCUGCAACUGAGACCAAACUCUGAAUAAAAGUCUUUUUAAAUGUUGAAUCCAGGACAUUUUACUGCAAAGCUUGUGGUAACUUGAAAAAUGUGUUAUUUCCCCUUGUUUAUAGAUUUCAGUUUAUUUGUUUGUUUCAGCAAACUAGCUGGAGCUUUAUGGGAAAGGACACACCCACAGGCCUUCAAGGUCAUUUAACUAACUCCACGCACAAGUCUUCAGUUUUGGCUCACACGUACCAAAAUAUACUAGACGCUUGACAACUUUACAAGUCAAAUAUCAACUCUUAAAUUGAAAAAGAAAACAUGGUAUGGAGAUGACGUACUGAGCCUGCAACUGAGACCAAACUCUGAAUAAAAGUCUUUUUGAGUGUUGAAUCCAGGACAUUUUACUGCAAGGCUCGUGGGAACUUGAAAAAUGUGUUAUUUUCCCUUGUUUAUAGAUUUCAGUUUAUUUGUUUGUUUCAGCAAACUAGCUGGAGCUUUAUGGGAAAGGACACACCCACAGGCCUUCAAGGUCCUUAGUAACAUCAUACAGCCUCUCUCUACUCUCUAAUUAUCUGGACUGACCUCAGUGUGCACUUAAGCAGGAGCUAAACUGGCUGCUGCUGCUUGUACAGAGGAUACUUGACUGUCUCUUCCUAACAUGAAAAAACAAGUGACAUUUGCAGACAGUCAGACGGUCCACAGGCUCCAUCAGGAUGAACCUUUGCCAAGGAGCACUGGGAUGAAUGAGUCAAAAAUGGCAUUAAAAGAUGCCAGCGUAAACUUCAGCAAUGGUUUGAAAAUCAACAGACCACCAGCUGCAAGAUGUGAGCCCCAGCACGUAACGACCGUACAAAUCCCCAAAACCAUGACCGCAGCCCCAUUUCUGAAGCACACAGCACUAACACCAGCUCAGAAGGAGUAUCUGUACACCAUUGCAGCUUCCUCCAGCGCCGCACACGUGCGUAACCUCAUCACCCGACACUACAUGAACGUGCUGCACAGGUGUAUACGAGCAGGCUACAGCCCUGAAAGAGACGACCUUGUGGCUUCUGUUACCUCACCGGGGACUAAUGAGAGUCAUAAACAUCGAUCAGAAGUUCCUUCGAGGGCAAAACACAAGGAGAAGACAAACACUAGUGGAAGAGAUCCUGGGAAAUCCUUUCUUCCAAAAAUCCCAAACAGACAAGCCAGGCUUUCCAACGCAUCAGGAUCAAAACAAAGAAAGAUGAAGAAAAGUACAACAUCGCCCACAUUGAGACCAAAACGUCCAAGACGAGCCAGGAUCAAGCUGUUGGAGGAGGAGGAAGAGGAGGAGGAAGGACUGGGCGACUGUCUGAGAGAGUGUUUGAGUUCACUCUCUUUGGGAGAAUGGGAUGAUGACACUUUCUCAGAUUUACGACACUUCUAUUGAAACUUGAGUUGUCGCAAUAACAUUUUGUGUCGAUAUAUAACCUGAGAAUAAUUGUGAGUGGGAUUUUUCUCCCCACUUUCAAACCUCUUGGUUGUGGUCAUGGACAAAUAAUUUGUGAAACUGGGGAGCUUAUAGAAGUAAAAUACAGAAAACACAGCAAAAACACAUUAUAGCUUGUGAGUAGCAGCUCAGUUUGCAGUGUUUAGUCAUUAAACCUGCACAGGGUCAUUCUGUAGUUUGAUGCCCCCAAGUGGCAGCGAGAGAAAAUGUCUUGAAGACUUCAUUUCCAGGAAAUCACAUGUGCAGGGAAAGAUUAGCAAUGGGAUCACAUUUCAUUGCCUAAACUUGUAAGUGCUCACAACACUGGUGGAAGAAGUAGUCAGAUCCUUUGCUUAAGUAAAAGUACUAGUACAACAAGUCCUGCAUUUAAAAUCUUACUUAAGUAAAAGUACAAUAUAUCAUUAGCAAAAUGUAGCCUACUUAAAGUAUCAAAAGUACUUGUUCAGCAGAGAAAUGGCCCUUGACUGGCUUAUUAUUAUACAAUAUAUUACAUAAAAUAUUGUUAAUACAGAUUCAUCAACGUUAGAGCAGCAUUUUACUGCUGCUGUCAAGGUGGAGCUAGUUUUAACUACUUUGGAUACAGUUAGGUGGUUUAGUCCAGUGGUUUCCCAACCUAGGGGUCGAGCCCCUCCAAAGGGUCACAAGAUAAAUCUGAGGGGCCGUGAGAUGAUUAAUGGGAGAGGAAAGAAGAAAAAACUAAGUUCUGCUACAAAACUCUGUAGUAAUUUUUCACUUUCACUAUCUUUUUUCUUUUUGUGAAAAUGUAUCUCUCUGGGCCUCAAACAGUUAUUUAAAUGAAACCAUCUGAGAAGUUUAUUGUGGAAAUGUCUGUUUGGUAGAGCUGCUAACGGCUCACAGACAUCUGAAACGUGACAAGGGGCCCCAAACCAGUUUUCUUGCAACAGAUCAAUGUUGGAAAUGACUGUGUUGUAUUUUAUAAGCUCAUCAUAUGUGUUUUAUGUAAAUAUUAAUUUGAAAAGUAACUUGUAAUGCAUCUGUCAAAUACAUUUGGGUCAAAAAGUACAAUAUUUCCCUCUGAAAUGUAGUGGAGUAGUAUAAAGUAGCAGAAAAUCUAAGUACAAAUACCUCAGAACUGCACUAAAGUACCUCAGUAAACGUACUUUCCAUCACUGGCAACCACAUAGACAUUUUUAUUGGCAACUUUCGUGUAAACUAAAACAAUGAUGAUUUUUUUUUAAAUACCUUUAACUGCAGGUAUAACAUGGACUGCAGCCAUGUUUCCUAUAUACUACAUGCUAUAUGGGAUACUAUAUGGUUAAUCCAACAUUAACUCAACACUAUUCAGACUGAAGAUUCUUCUUCAUAAUGUCUGGUGGGAAAAGUGAAGUUCAGUUGUUAUUUAGGACACUUUCAGCCCAAAAACCAUCCCAGACACCAGAGUUACAUGUUGCUAGCACAGCUAUCUAUCCAUUCUUUACAUAAAUUUCACAAGUUGUAAAUCUCAAAUUCUCCACACAUGCUUCAUAUGUUCUGCAUCAGUAGUGCUGGAGAGAUGGAAAUGUAUCAAGAGAAACGAGGCAUUGCUAAUUUACUUGAUGUGAGUAAUAAACCUUUCCCUUACCAAACCUCUAAAACCCCCUCGAUGUAUUAAUUUAAUUUUCUACAUUAAUUUGUCUGCUAAAAUAUAUUGUUGGUUAAUUUUAUCUCCCUACAUGAAGGUCUAAAUGUUCUCUACAAUGUCAUAAAUAUAAUUAUGGUAGGGAAAUACUAAAUCCAUUUCUUCUAAAAAUGUUUGGCCUAAAAAGUCAAAUCCAAUAAUAUUGUCUCUAAAAAAUAAAAAAAAAGCAGAACCUGCCUCUAAAAAACACCACAUUUUUUGUGUAAUUGUGUUGUUAAAAAGCCGAAAUUGAGAUUGUCCUCAAUGUUAACUAAGGCUUACAGUACAGUACAGUUACUCAUUUACCCACCAAAUUCCACCAUAUGGCAAAAAGUAUGAGGACAUGCCUGACACCUUUUGAUCUGAGGCUUUUUUUUUAUGGUUUUGGACAAGACUCCCUAAUUCUAGUGAAAGAAAAUAUUAAUUCUACAGCAUACAAUGAUAUUUUAGACACUAGUGUGCUUCCAAAUUUGUGUCAGCAGUUUGAGGAAGUCCCUUUCCUGUUUCAACAUGACAAUGCACAAAGCCAGUCCCAUUAAGAAAUGUUUAUCCCGGUUUGAUGUGGAAGAACUUGACCGGCUGACCUCAACCCGAUCCGACACCUCUGAUGAACUGGAACGCCGACUGUGAGCCAGACCCGGUCACCCAACAUCAGUGUUGGACCUCACUAAUACUUUUAGCCAUUUAGUGAAACUGUCUUGAGUUUCACCAACAUUAACGGUGAGCUGGGAGAAAAUUUAAGGACUUUUGAGAUCUACUGUACACUUAAAAAAAUUAGGGAGUAUAUGUCUAAGUAUAAGUGUUGAUACUAAUUUUAAACACUAAGAAAAAUAACAAUUAAAAUACAAUAUUUGGAGUAACUGUUCCUUCUCUACUACCUCAACCACAGUAUUAUCCAUUAUAUGCAUACAUUUAUAUUGUGCUACAUCAAUGGUUUACACCUUCAAAUAAGCACAAGAAUUAUUAUUUUUAUUAUUUAAGAAAAAACAACUGAUGGAGUGAAAUCAGAUCUUUAUUGUGUGUGGGGGGGGGAUUAAUGAAAAAAGACUGACUACAUGAAGCUAAAGGCCUGUUGGUUACAUGUACAGGACAUGACGAGGGCG